AUGAAGCCUGGCGGUGGGAAGGAGGAGAAGAACUAUCAAGCCGCAGUUCAUGACGGGAUUUCGAGUUUGGAUAGAAUUGGUAUGGUAUUAGAUGAAGUUGGACGAAAUUUGGAUAGAGAUGUUGAAACGACUGCGGUUAAUAAAAGUGGAAAAGUUUUGUAAGUUUUUUUUUGAUUAAUAAAGAAAAAGGAACAAAUAAUUACGUAGGAUUGGUGACAAUUUAUAUACAAAUCGAUGCUUGGAAUUAUCCUCGGCAAUUUGUAAAAUUUUUUAAAGAUUGUUUUGCUACCACUAUUUAAACCUACGAACUCAAAAAAAAAAAAUCAAAUUUCGGAAAUGACCUCAUUCGAAAAUACUAAGAACUGAAAACACUAGGGUUCAACAAAAUGACGAGGUUGGACCAAAAUUUUGUUGUUUUGUUUAUUCAUAUUCUUAUCAAUCUUUCAAAAUAAUAACAAAAAAACUACAAAAUGUUUUUCAUUUGCAAUUUUUAAUGAUCACUUUAAUCGCACAUCAUAUUGAUGCCAAACAAACAAAGUACAGACUUAUAACAAAUAUUUUUAAUACCUUUUCCUGUCGGAUUUAGGUGGUUUUGUUUGUAUUGAACAUUAUAAUCACCUCUGUUAUUAAAUAUUUAUUAUUUUUAUUUAAUUCUUAUAUUGUAGAUGUUUUUACAGAUCUGAAACAUCAAGUUUGAAAAGGAAAUCCUUGGAUUUGGGAAUGACUGCAAAUUCAUCAGCAGCACCAGCUGAAUCCAGCUAUGUUCUCUUUUUCCAGGUAAUUUUAAUAUUUAAAUAAGGUUUCUAACAUAAAAAUUCAAUUUUAGGUCUUAUUUCCUUUUGUUAUUGCUGGACUUGGAAUGGUAUUUGCUGGAUUGGUUUUAUCAUUAGUUGUAACUUGGCCAUUAUUCAAAGAAGUUCCGGAAAUUCUGAUUCUUGUUCCGGCGCUUUUGGGAUUGAAGGGAAAUUUGGAAAUGACACUGGCUAGUCGGCUAUCAACUUUGGUUAGUGACACGGCUGGGCGGAAUUUACUUGUCGGCAUUUCGCAACGCCGACUUCUUGUGCCGAAUUUUUUUUCGGAAUUUCGGGAUGCCGACUUUAUUGCCGGAAACAAUUCGGCAAUUCGGCACCCCGAUUUUGUUCAAGUUCGGCAUUUUGGCAGUGAUUCAGAAAUUUCAAAAACUUUAAAAAAUGAUAGAAAAAUGAAUAAAAUUAUAUUUUAGUUUGACUUUAGUCAUAUUUCAAUAGAAAUGAAGUUAGAAACAAGACAUUCUGCAGAAAAUAGAGAUAAAAACACAUUUUUUAUUUUACUGGAGAACAUUUCAGUUGUGAUUUCUGCACAUUUUGAAUUCGGUACGAAAUUCGGCUUCUAUCAAAUGUCGAAAAAAUUUUCGGUCGGUAAUGCCGACUUAAAAAAAAACUGCCGAAAAAUCAGCGAAACUCGGCAUUUUGGCAAAUCGGCGUGACGAUUCCGCCCAGCCCUGGUUAGUGAGAAAUUUGAAAAAAAGUUUUUUUGGUUUUCAAAAUUCUGUAAAAUCAGCGGUUUCGAUAGGCGAUUACAAAAUAAUUUUUUCAACACCACGGUGGUACAUACAUGGCACUGCUCCCAAAACUGUGAGGGGGAGAUCAUGACAUUUGGAAAAAUUUUUUGAGGGGGGGGGGGGAUCAUUUUGGAAAUUUUGAAUUCCCGCUCAAAUCAAAAUUUUGAUUUGGGCGGGUAGCUAAUGAAAAUUCUCGCUCGAAUCAAAAUUUUGGGGAGGGGGAGAUCGUUACAUGCGGGGUCUGUUGGGCGAAGAUGCCAUGUGUGACACCACCUAUUUUUCAGGCAAAUCUUGGUCACCUCGAUUCUUCAAAUCAAAGACGCGAAAUAGUAUUCUCAAAUCUGGCCCUCGUCCAAGUUCAAGCAACAGUAGUUGCAUUUCUCGCCUCAUCUUUCGCCACAUGUUUAGCAUGGACAUCAAAUGGACAAUUCAACUGGACACACAGUGCUUUGAUGUGUGCAAGCAGUCUUGCAACAGCCUGUUCAGCUUCACUUGUUCUAUCACUUCUUAUGGCUGCAGUUAUCGUAACUUCCCGAAAAUACAACAUUAAUCCAGAUAAUGUUGCCACACCAAUCGCUGCUUCUCUCGGAGAUUUGACAACUCUCAGUGUUUUGGCGUUCUUUGGCUCGAUUUUCUUGCGAGCACAUAAAACUGAACCAUGGCUCAAUGUUGGAGUUAUCAUUUUAUUCUUGCUAGCUUUACCAUUUUGGGCAAAUUAUGCGAAAAAACACGAAGUAACCAAGGAAACAUUAUACAAUGGAUGGACUCCUGUAAUUUCAUCAAUGUUAAUCAGCAGUGCUGGUGGAUUUAUUUUGGAGUUUGCUGUCAAAAAAUAUCCAAGCUUGAGUACUUUUGGACCGGUUUUGAAUGGAGUUGGUGGAAAUCUAGCAGCUGUUCAAGCAUCAAGAAUCUCAACUUAUUAUCAUUCUUCUGGCGGAGAAAUUGGAAUUAUGCCAAAUGAUUGGAUUGUCAGCAGAUUUGUCAGUUUCAAAAGAGCGUUUUUCUCAAAAGGUAUAGUUUUUUUUCUGAUGAUGUGGAAGGAAAAAUUGCUGAAAAUCAGCAAAUUCGAUUUACAGUAUAUCGGGUUUACCAAAAAAUUGAGCCAAAUUCCGAUUUUUCUACCUCUUAUUUUUCAGUUAUUUUUUGAGCGAUAUGUCAAAAAAUCUCCCUUCCAAAUUUUUUUUAUUUUCAGAAUGGGAUUCUCGAUCAGCGCGAGUUCUUCUUCUCCUCGUCGUCCCUGGCCAUAUAUUUUUCAACUUCCUAAUUCAGAUUUUCGCAAUUCAUGGAACCGAAAAACCACCACACGGCCCACUUUUUACCUCAUUUUAUAUGAUUGCCGCUAUAAUUCAAGUCAUGAUUCUUCUAUUUGUCUGCCAAUUUCUUGUUGCUUUAUUAUGGAAAUGGAAAAUUGAUCCGGAUAAUUCAGUGAUUCCAUAUUUAACAGCACUUGGAGAUUUGAUGGGAACAUUUUUAUUAUUUGUGGUAUUUUCUGCGACUUAUCAUUUCGAUCCGGCUGAGAUUGAACAAGCAAAAUAA